AUGGAGGACAAUUUAGUCCUUCCGUCUAUUUGCCUCUCAUACACCAAACGGAACUGGCUGACGUGGCUGAAACGGUGUCCAGAAUCUGAUGUAUCAGUAUGUCUUGCUGAGGGUUUGCAUAAUAUUUUAGAUCACGAGGCGCAGAAAUUUUGGGAUGAAUUGUAUGAUAAAACUGAUGAAUAUACUGACAGAUGGCUGUCUUCAGCACGGACCUUUUUGAAGGAGUGUUCAGGCCAAAACAAAGAUUUGGUUUCUUCCAUUGCUUUUUCUAGUGUAGUACCUAACACAACCAAUGCAAACCAUCAGCAUGUAAAUGUUUUGGUGACGUCAGGAGGGUUAAUACCCUCUCUUGUCAAAUGCUUGCUCUUUCGUCUCGACGGUUUAAUACCACAUGGAAAUGUUUAUAGCUCUUGUGUAGUGGGAAAAACUCAAUGUUUCCGAUGGAUCAAGGAGCGUUUCAACCAUCCGAAUGUCCGCUUUUGUGUAAUUGGAGAUGGAUGGGAAGAAUGUCAAGCUGCGGAAAUCAUGAGAUGGCCAUUUAUUAGGAUUGACCUGCGGCCAGACAAACUUCAUAGGUUCCCUGGUCUCUCAUUGACAACAGUUGGCCACUAUUUUGCAGUGGUAUACGGAAGCCCAGAUGAUGAGAAUGAUGCUACCUAGCCUUCUCUGGAAUUUCUCUACAAAAGAUUUCCACAAAAUAGUUGAAAUCGUGUUGCUAAAUGUAUGAAUUGUUGCCUUAAUAUUGCUGUCACAACUUUGGUGGUAAUUGGUCUUUAGAAGAGAUUAGAUUUAACUAUUUCCUCUUGCAAUGCAAUAGCUUAAGAUGUAUAGAUGUUUAAGUUGAUGGAAUGUAGAUGAUCCACCACUUAUCAUGUAUGUAACAUGCUUCAAAUUUAUAAUUAGCAGUAGUUGAUUAAUUGGUUUUAGGUCUUGGA